UUCAAUGAAUUUUAUCAGUUCGUACGGAAAUUUCUCUUACAUGUGUAAUGUGAAUGCCAUUUAUAGUUAAAUUAUAUACUUCAGUCCUUCAUUCUGAAUGUGCAUUAUUUGAACAGGUAGUAAUAUGAGUAUACUCUUCGGAGUUUUGUUUAUAGUGCCCGAGUAGAGAUAUUCAUUUGUUCAGGCAUGUAUGUUUCGAAAGUGGGCGCUGAGAUAUUUUGUUUAUAUCAUCCAUCGAUUAAAUGUGUGAUUUGUUGUGCAGUGUGUUUUUCAGUUGUGACACCGGUUCGUUAUCUCCCAAUAAUGUAAAAUGAGAUUAAAACCCUUUCGUGUAAGUAAGAAAUGGAUAUUGUUAUUUUCUGUGACUAUGUGUUUCUUCGGCUAUUUCGGGCUGUUCACGCAUUUAUUAGAACGAGAUUAUAAAAGCAGCUUCAGCUACCCGUAUGAGGGUGAUGUACGACGUUUUGUAGACCAGCUUAAGAAUAACGAAACACCUGACGUUAAGCCAAUCAAUGUGUACAAUUAUAGUUUUAUUUCUGCGUGCACGAAGAAGUGUAGCACUCCAGCCAAAGAAGUCCUUCGAAUAGUAUACAUUGUAAAAUCUGCACUGCCUAAUUUCCAACGCCGAAAGGCAAUACGAGAAACGUGGGGAUUUGAAAAGAGAUUUUCUGACGUGCAAAUCAGAACAGUUUUUGUUCUUGGUGUGACUGCAGAUGAUCGAAAACUGCUACAAGAAGUUCAGAAAGAAAGCGCAAGACAUGGUGACAUUGUGCAGGCAAACUUCAUCGAUGAUUAUUUCAAUAACACUAUUAAGACAAUGAUGGGAAUCUCAUGGGCUUUCGCAUAUUGUCCCAAUGCGCAAUUCUAUUUUUUCAGUGAUGAUGACAUGUAUGUAUCAACAAAGAAUGUAUUGAGGUUUAUACGGAAUCCGGCUCACUACCCGGAAUAUUUAGAGACUCCUGUCAUUUCACUAAGGAGACGCGAAAAACGGAACGUAAUUGAAGGACGUACCUCACACGACAUGCAAUACAGUACUUCUGGUCAGAUGAUGCGACGCUUACAUCAAUUUCAAGAUUUUGAAUUGGCUGACGAUGUUGUUUUAUUUGCAGGGUAUGUAUUUGUAUCUUCGCCUCAGAGACAUUUUAGCAGUAAGUGGUAUGUACCAUUGUCGGAAUACCCAUAUAAUAUGUGGCCCCCAUACGUCACUGCAGGAGCAUACAUUCUUUCCCGCAACGCCCUAAUUGACAUGUAUUAUGCUAGUCUGUACACAAAACAUUUCAGAUUUGAUGAUAUAUACUUGGGAAUUUUGGCAAAAAAGUUGGGAAUUGAACCUUUUCAUUGCAGUGAAUUUCAUUUUUAUAAAAUGAAUUACAAUGUCUAUAGUUACCAUUAUGUAAUAGCUUCACAUGGUUAUUCUGACCCUGAUGAAAUAAUCAGAGUAUGGAAUGAGCAAAGAAGUGUCGGCAAUGCAUAAAUACUUUUAAUUCAGUAUGGUGUCACCUGGAGCUGGGAGGCAGAUCUUAUACAUACAAAUAAAACUGUAGAUGUUUAAAUCUAGUCCAAUAGCCAAAAAUGUUAACUAAUUUUAAAUAUUGUGGAAAAUCAGUUAUCUAAUAUAUAAACAUCACUUGUAAAUGACAAAGCGUGACAUCCAUUCAGUAAUAGUGAAUUUCACCAAUCUGUAAUACUCAUAAUUAUGUAAAUGGUGAGUAAUUAGCUGAUAUUAUUGCCAGUGUGACUGACAAAGAAUUUGCUUAUAUAUCGUCUGGUGCUAUAGUUGAUAUGCCAAUUCCAAAUUUUUUCAUUUUAAGAAUCCAAGUGAUGCAUGUGAUGUAGCAGUACAGGAGUGAUGGAAAAACUUUGAGCUGAGUGGAAUUUUUUUAUUGCACCUACUCUUUUUGUAGAACACAUUCAUUGUGACAACCUCUGUAUCUUACGUCCAAGGUAAACGUUAUAAUUAAGAUCUAUUUAAGAUAAUGUACUGAUAAUGUAAAAAUAUAUAAAUUCACUGCUCAUUUACAAUUAAGAAGAUCUCAUUUAUGGUGUUAACAGACAAUGCAGAACAAGUUUUAAUCAUAUUUCAUUUAGACCAUUUUUUUUAGUAGAAAUAAUUUGUAAUUAAGUUUUCACUGUAAUCAUUAUUUUACUGAAAGGCAGAAAAGAAGCAAAUGUUAGCAGUAAGGCACUGUUGGUGUCUUGGCAAGGUUGAAAUAAUUAGCAAAUUGAAUUACGAUAUAAUUUUUUAUUGUAUUCUAAAUGGAGUAUUUCAAAUCUUGUGAACAAGAUGGCUCAUUGUCUGUUAACUUUAAUAGAUGUUCCUGAGCUCACACUAAAAGACUGACAAAGAAUGUAUAAUGGAGAUGUUAAACAAGUGGAGCCAGAAAUUAAAGAAGAAAGCAGUGAUAUUGUUAAUUACAGGGAUCAUUUUGGGUAAACUUUUAUUAUUAGGACUGAUGUUGUUAAUCUCACAACCAAAAGACUGACAGAGCAUGUAUAAUGUAAUUGUAAAAAAGAACCAGGAACUAAUAAAGCAGAAAUUCUGCUGAUGAGAUGAAUUAUUUCUACUUGUCCAGAAUGUUCCUGAGUUACAUAAGAAAUGUAUUGAACUAAAUUAUAGUUGUCAACGGAGGCAUCCGAUGCCACCCGUCAGAUUUGACCCAUGAUGUAAGGGUGUUGUUGUGUGUGACGUCAUGAUGGCAUGGAGUUCAGUUUAUGAGUGUGUUGUGUUUGUAGAUGCGUCUUGUUGCGGUUGGUGUCCUCUGGUGGUGUGUAUAUGGUCCGUGUGUUAUGUUGUGUAUUGGGUUCAUUUGGGUGUUGGUGCUUGAAGUGCGCAUUUAUCGGUCGUGACUGUUGUAGAAGAACGGAAAUUUUGAUGUUUGUCGCGCGGUAAGUCAUUUAAUUCAGUUUGGAGAUAUGUGGUUUUUGGUGUCAUGAGCUGCUGUUGACCUGUAUAGGUCAAGGGAAGUGUCAUAUUCCAAUUUUUGUUGUUUUAGGUGUUGGUUUUGUGGUAUCGACAGUCAUGGUGUGAUUAUAAUUUUUGGAAUAGUUGGUUUUUAUUUUAUGGUAUCAACAAUUGCGAUUGAGCUCUGUAGGUGAAGGGAAGUGAGCGAUUCCUGUUGAUAUUGCAAUUGUAGCGGAAUUUGGGAAUUUUGUGGUGUUUUUAGGUCAUCAUUUUGUGUGGUUCGGGAUCAUGGUGUGUGUAUGUGUUUAUAUUUAGUUUGUCUCCAUCCAGAAACCCUUAAUUUCCCACACUUGUCCAGUUAGUCUCAUUAUAUUUUUGGAGGGAGAUGUUUGUUGGUUUUAUAUGUAUUUUCAUGUCCGUUGGCAUGUUUAUGUAAUGAUGUCAUAAGCGCCAUAUUGGAGACGUUAAGAAUGGUUGUUUCCGCCAUAUUGGUGAUGCCAUAGGUCAAAGCAGACGGGUGGAAUCGGACUCUUCUGUAUUCUCGUUGUUGCCUACCAACUAACUUUUUUACAUACACAUUUUGGAGAUAUAUUUUAUAACAGGUCUGACAUGUUUUAUAUUUUAAACAAUUGUUUUGUAGUAGUUAUGAGGACCACUGACAUUAGCCUUCGCAAACUGUACUGUAUGAAUCAGGAUCAGUAGGCAGAAGUAAUGUUAGAAUUCUCAGACUAGCUAACACUCUUGUUUUCAUUAAAUGCUUGCAUUUGCUAUUUUACCUAUACUAAAUUCAUCAAAACAUUUCCUUACAUCAGAAUGACUUCUUCUGUUUUCUGGUCAUAUAACUGUAUUGAGAGAAAUAUGAGAUUUGUAAUUUUUUCUUUCAUCUGGCAUUAGUCAUAAUGUUCCAGUGCCAUGAACCAAUUAAAAAAUUCAGUUCUCCCUUAUGCUACUGUAAUUAGAACUCGUAGUCUAAAUUUGAUGGAAGGUGCAUAUUUUCAAUCCAGGUAGGUUCAAAAAUUUAAUACCUCAUUUUGCAAUGGUACAAGGACCUAUUCAUUGAAAAGUACGUUAAAAUAUAUGUAAAAAGAAUAUUCAUCUAAUGGAAAAAGAUCUGAGAUAACUCGCUUCUAGUGCGAUACUUUUGCUUGUGCCUUAAAAAUAUGCAAAAUUAUGUCCUGUGUUAAAUCCCAAAUGUCUCCACAUUGUCUCAUGAAGUGAGGCCAUUUGGCUCUGUUGAUGGUGGUCCAUCUGUAGUAUGGGAACGUUAAGUUCUUCGCCCCUCUGAUGCUAUUUGAGAGAAGUAGGGUAAGUGCUGGCACCAGGUUUCACCCCCCCCCCCCCCCCCUCCCGUCCUCCAGCCAUUUGUGCCAUACAAUUUUAGAUUACAAGUAGAAUUUGUGAAUGACUUUUGCAGUAUUUUUUAGACUUCUAAUUUAACUCCCAUGGGUCACAAGUGUGGCUUCAUUGAAGUGCACCACCACCACCACCACCUCUAGCAGUAAGUUAUAACUUCAUGGUAAGAUAGUAAGAUUAUAGUUUCACCUUUGUCAUUGUAUUUUCCUGCAAAUGAGAGGUAUUUUGUUUUCUAUGAUAAUGUUACUGGGAAACUCCUAUUUUCACCUAUUAAAAAAGAAAUUUAUCCACUGUUAACACUCGUUUUUUCUAAACUGCUUACAACAGUGUGUCUUGUCUUCAGUAUUUUCUGUCAUUUACACAGAAUUUUUAUUUUUCAUUUUAAUUUUUUUAUGAAGCCUCGAUUCUUGAUUCUUAUACUAGGUGUAGGAAGAUAACACAUUGACAGAAGUGAAACUCUAGUCAAUGAUUUCCCUAAACCACUUCAGGCAAAUGCUGGGAAUAGUCCCUCUGAAAGGGCAUGACCGAUUCCUUCCCUAAUCCGAUGGGGACUAAUGACCUCACUGUUUGGUCCCAUUCCCUCAAAUGAACCAGUCUAUGUUAGAACUGGAAAGGAGAAAGUAAGACUGCGCAGGAUCUGCCUCAUAUAACAGAAGAGUUCUUUGAAAUGUACAUUGGCAACUCUGUUAAAAACUAACAGUCUUUUAUUUAUUUAUUUAUUAUUGAAAGUGUGUGAUGAAGACAAAAUUAAAGAGUACUAAACUGAGAAUAUAGAUUUUAGUGAUGUCACAUGAACUUUAAUGAUCUGUAUCUGAGUAUGUACACCAGUAGUAUGGGAAGGUAUGUUAGGCAGUCAGUUGUUCCGAAAAGGGAAACAAUUCAUUAAUGUUAAAGUUGUAAAUUCGGAGCCAUGUGCUUCCAAUCCCUGUACUAGUCUGACAAGUCUUUAGGUUUCUUAGUUGUUUAAGGCAAAUGCUAUAAUAGUUCCUUUUGAAAGGCCGUGGUUACUCAUACCCCCAAUCCUUCUGUUAACUGAACAAUAGUCCUAACUUUUAUAGUUCAGACUACCUCACCCUUUCGUAUUAUAUAGGGAUGUAAAUUAUUACAAAAUCAUGUGUAUUAAGCAACACACAAGUUGAUCAUAGCAGAAAUGGGACAAGAUUGCUGCUUACUUUUUAAUUUUCCACUCUUAUCUACCCAGUGACACAGGAUUUACUUUUGCCACAGCUUAUAUCUUUGUCUUUUGGAGAUACAAAUGAAAGUAUCAUUUGAACCUAGAAAUUUAUCCAUCUAUUCAAAGAAGUAAACAUUCUAUCAACUUUUGUACAUUCAUGUUACCUUGUGGAAAAUUGGAAAUUUGUGAUAAGGACUUAUGGGGGACCAAACUGCUGAGGUCAUCGGUCCCUAAGCUUAUACACUACUUAAUCUAACUUAUGCUAAGGACGACACAUGUUACCUUGUGUGUUUCGUUGUUCUAUUCAUACUUUGUUAUUAUGAUCCAGAUAUAGGCAUAAAAUACAACUGAGCCGUCCAUAAGUUGUAUGUCACAUAAUUCUAUGUUUGUACUGAAAUAUUUUGUGUUAUAUCAGUUUAAAAAACUAUUUGUAUGAAAGUUAUUGUA